ACUCAAUACUUGGUCCUUUUGCUUAACUAUUGCCUCAAUUCAGUGUGGUAUGGAGGUGAUCAGUUUGUGGCACUGCUGAGGUGGUCAGGAAGCCCAGGUCUCUUUGACAGUGACCUUCAAGUCAUCUGCAUUUUUUGGUCUCUUGUUUCUCAUUUUCCUCUUGACAAUAGCCCAUAGAUUCUCUCUGGGGUUCAGGUCUGGUGAAUUUGUUAGCCAGUCAAGCACAUCAACACCAUGACCAUUUAACCAACUUAUGGUGCUUUUGGCAAUGUGGGCAGGUGCCAAAUCCUGCUGGAAAAUGAAAUCAGCAUCUUCAAAACCAUUCCUUCCACUCAACUUUCUUUUAACAUGCUUGGAUACAGCACUCUGUGAACAGCCAGCUUCUUUGGCAAUUACAUUUUGUUGCUUACUCUCCUUGUGUAGGGUGUCAAUGAUUGUCUUCUGGACAUUUUUUCUAAAAACCAUGUCACCAAAUAAUACAGCACUUUAUAUGAUGAUUAAAAUGUAAAAUAUAAAUAAUUUAUUUAUAAACAGUAAGAUUUAUCAAAUAAUCUCCUACAGAGAUAGAGAGUCAAAAAUAACCCAAACAGGAAGAGAUCUAAGAAGACAGUGGGUGGAGACGACAAUCAAGAGAUUGAGAGCGGGAGCAGGUUUGGCAGUCAAGUGGAGAAGAGCAGGGUUCGAGCUGGAGUGCUGAAGCUCUCAUGCAGCGCUGCCUUCACAUGCCCAGUGAAGAGAGGAGGAGACACUCAGCUGGAUCACACUGGAGCACACUCAUUCAUCUGCUGAGGAGGACACUACCUGAGACCAGAUCAGACGAAUCAUGGAGUGUCAAGUUCCAGCAGAGCUCGGACAGUCUGGUGUCAGUGGACUCUGAACUGGCGCAGUGUGAGACGGAGGUCAACACUUUACUGAAGAUCAUUUCUGACCUCAACAGAAAAAUGGACUCCCUACAAAUAUCACGAGAGAUGAAAGCAUCUGAGAGUCCAGUCCGGGUCAGUGGGAGCGCCCCACAGCAGGGUUCGAUCCUCACAGUGGUGGACGCUGGCACAGCAUCUGUACAGUCCAAGAACGUCUGCAGGGACACAGAAGGGGGCAGCAGUGAGCUUUGGCAGGAGCUUCAGAGGGUGGUGUCUGCGCUUGAGGCCUCCAGUGGUCAGGGGAGGAACAUGCUCAGGCCGCAGACUCAGGACGCGGAGACCAUCCGGGCGAAGCAUCUCUCUGCAGCCCGCGAGAGAUGGGUCCAGGCCACACAGGUGCUGGAGGAGAUGGAGAGGGAUUUGGGGAUCUCAUACCCCUCUGCUCUGCCCCCUGAUGAGAGACGUCAGUAUCAGAGAGAUGUCCUCUCUCUCUAUAAACACAACCAGGACCUCAGCGCCUGCUUGAAGAGCCGACAGGGAGAGCUCGUGGGAGCCGAAAGAACACUGACGGAUCUUGAGGAGGAGAAAAAGUGGGUACAGGAAAAGGUAGUGGACCUGAAGAGGAAAUGGCUGUAUGGAGUGAGUCGUUCUCCUCCUGUUAGUCCAUCUUUGUCCUCCAGUCGAACUUCGAGCCCUUGCUUUUCCUCUCCUCCGUAUCCUGGAUCCCCUCUGCUGUCCCGCAAACUCCCCAGCGGCUUCAGGCCGGACUCCCCUCCGUCUCCCAGCACUGUCGAUUCUGUGCUUCAGGCUGAGAUCGAUAAGCUUCAGAGGUGUCUGGAGCGACUGAAGGCUCGGAAUGAGCGUCUGAAUGCAGCGCUGGUCAAAAGGAAAGGAGAAUCGGAGCAGCUGAGCAUGAGUCUGAGCCGGCAGGAGGCAGACAGCUCGGCUCUACACAUGGCUCUGGCGUACUGUGAGGAGUGUGAGGAGGCUUACAGAGACCUACUGUCCCUGUGCGAAGCCAGGAAACAACAGAAUACAGAAACGAUUAGCACACCAAAGUCUGACCUCACAAAGUCAACAGAUGAGAUCUUGUACAAAGGCGAGACAUCCUCCAGUCCACCAGAGGGCACUGCUGAGACCAGACCAUACAGCUUGUCAGAAAAGCAGUUUGAGGACAAGGCUGGUGUAAUUCUGCAAAGGAUCUCCAGGCUGAAGCAGGACAGGGCCGCUGUUUGUAUCCCGCAGCAGGGCGAAGCAGGAGAGGGCAAGAUCAGUCCUGACACUGGCACACUCGCAGGGGUCAGAGGUCGUGCCAGUUCACUUUCCAAAAACACCAAAGAGGAGAAAGCAGCUUUGCUGUAUGAGCUGGUGACAGUCAGGGAGGAGAUGUCAGAGAUGCGUGGGAAUCUCCGGCUCCUGGAGAAAGAGCGGCGGUGUUUGGACCUGGCACUGAUGGUCCAGAGUGCCCAGGAUUCAGCUGGUGCUCUGAUCCUGGACAGUCUGCGAGAUGAGCUCGGGGAGAGGAGAGCCACCCAGCAGAGAAUUGCUGAAAAUCUGGCAAAACUAGAAGGUGGAGGGGGAAUACCUGGUCCUCGGAAUCACUCUAUCCUAAGAGAACUACAAGCAACUCUGCAAAGGGAACAGUCACUGAGGAAGAGAGUGGCAGCUCUACGUGAGUCGCUGGACUCGGCGCUCACAGACAGCACCACUCAGAGGAGGAUCAACAGAGAGGAGAUUGCACGCCUCUCCCGCUACCACAAUAAAGUCUCAAGCACCUCCAGAAGCUCCCGAAAGAAGCACCAGGAGCAGCUGUGGCGACUGGAGAAGCAAAUCGCCGUCAUGAGCGAACGUCAUGCUAAAGAAGAGGCCGAGCUAAGUGCUACGCUGGAAGCUAUGGAGUGGAAGAGAGAGGAGACCAUACUCUAACAGACAAUUCUUCUUACUGUCAUUUCAUUGACAAACAUUUCUGAAGCUAAUAUUGAUUUUGAGUGAGAGGUUGGGUAAGUACUGGUUUAGAAACACUGAGCAUAUACAACUGCAACUAAAUUUACUGUAAAAGAUGCACCAUCUGGGUUUUGGGACAGGCCAGCUUUUUCUAGGCCAUUACUGAUAUAACUCACUAUCAAUAUUAUACAAAUAUUUGCUUUUAAGUAUUAUUCAUUUCUUAAGGUGUACAGCUAUGUGUAUGAUAAAUAUUGCAAGCUUAUUUUGUAAUUUUCGUAUAAUAUAAAAUAUUGUCAUUUUAAUAACAAUUGUAAAGUUGUUUUUUACAUGAUGAAUUAAACUGGCCUCAUUGCA